UUGUAAAUAUGGUGACUCCUGAACUUUGAGACCUGCUGGGGUCUGAUGUAUGCAGUGACUCUUAAUGUUCUGCUACAGAGUACUCUAAGUAUAUUCUAGAGCCCAGGAUUUCCUUUGUGUUUCUUUCCUGGAUAGGCAUUGUGGACCUUCAAAGCGGGAAGGAUACAUUUAUUAUAAACUGUUAACACGCGUAUCCUGUCAUUUGUUUCUGAAUAUGCAGAACAGGAUGGCGGCAGCGUCAGAGGUAGCUGGGGUUGUGGCCAGUGCCCCUAGUCCUCCGGAAUCGUCUACUGUAUGUGCUUCCAAAGCAGACGAAAGUCUCCCAGAUAGUCUAAGCCCCAAAGACCCUGCGCAGAAGCAGAAGAACUCGCCUCUGUCGAGUGUAAGUAGCCAAACGAUAACCAAGGAGAAUAACAGAAAUGUCCAUUUGGAACACCCAGAGCAGAAUCCUGGUUCAUCAGCAGGUGACACUUCAGCAGCGCACCAGGAGGUUUUAGGAGAAAACUCCAUAGCCACAGCCCUUUGUCUCUCUGGCAGUGGGUCUCAGUCUGAUUUGAAGGACUUGGCCAGCACAGCAGGAGAGGAGGGGGACACGAGCCUCCGGGAAAACCUCCAUCCAGUCACUCGGUCUCUUAAGGCAGGGUGCCAUACAAAGCAGCCUGCCUCCGGGAAUUGCUCUGAAGAGAAAUCCCCACAAGCCUCCAUCCCACAGGAAGGUAGCAGGGACACAGGCUUGGAUUUCCGACCUGUGGUGCCUCCAGCAAAUGGGGUUGAAGGAGUCAGAGUGGAUCAGGAUGAUGAUCAGGAUAGCUCUUCCCUGAAGCUUUCUCAGAACAUUGCUGUACAGACUGACUUUAAGACUGCUGAUUCAGAGGUAAACACGGAUCAAGAUAUUGAAAAGAAUCUGGAUAAAAUGAUGACAGAGAGAACCCUGCUGAAGGAGCGUUACCAGGAGGUCUUGGACAAGCAGAGGCAAGUGGAGAACCAGCUCCAAGUACAAUUAAAGCAACUUCAGCAAAGGAGAGAGGAAGAAAUGAAGAAUCACCAGGAAAUAUUAAAGGCUAUUCAGGAUCUGACAAUAAAGCGAGAAGAAACAAAGAAGAAGAUAGAGAAAGAAAAGAAGGAGUUUUUGCAGAAGGAGCAGGAUCUGAAAGCUGAAAUCGAGAAGCUUUGUGAAAAGGGCAGAAGAGAAGUGUGGGAAAUGGAACUGGACAGACUCAAGAAUCAGGAUGGUGAAAUAAAUCGGAACAUCAUGGAAGAGACAGAACGGGCCUGGAAGGCAGAGAUCUUAUCACUAGAGAGCCGGAAGGAAUUGCUGGUAUUAAAGCUAGAAGAAGCAGAAAAGGAGGCAGAGCUGCAUCUUACUUACCUCAAGUCAACUCCCCCAACACUGGAGACAGUUCGUUCUAAACAGGAGUGGGAGUCAAGACUAAAUGGAGUUCGGAUAAUGAAAAAGAAUGUCCGGGACCAGUUCAAUAAUCAUAUCCAGCUAGUGAGGAACGGAGCCAAGCUGAGCAGCCUUCCUCAGAUCCCCACUCCCACUUUGCCUCCACCCCCAUCAGAGACAGACUUCAUGCUUCAGGUGUUCCAACCCAGCCCCUCUCUGACUCCUCGGAUGCCCUUCUCCAUUGGGCAGGUCACAAUGCCCAUGGUUAUGCCUAGUGCUGAUCCCCGUUCCUUGUCUUUUCCGAUCCUGAACCCUGCCCUUUCCCAGCCCAGUCAGCCAUCCCCGCCCCUUCCCGGAUCCCAUGGGAGAAAUAGCCCUGGCUUGGGUUCCCUUGUCAGCCCCCACGGUCCACACAUGCCCCCUGCCGCCUCCAUCCCGCCUCCCCCAGGCUUGGGCGGUGUUAAGGCUUCUACUGAAAGUUCCCGGCCCCAACCAGUAGACAAACUGGAGAAGAUCCUGGAGAAGUUGUUGACUAGGUUCCCACAGUGCAAUAAGGCCCAGAUGACCAAUAUUCUUCAGCAAAUCAAAACAGCACGUACCACCAUGGCAGGCCUGACCAUGGAGGAAUUGAUCCAGCUGGUAGCUGCACGGCUGGCAGAGCACGAGCGGGUGGCAGCAAGUACUCAGCCACUCGGUCGGAUCCGGGCCCUGUUCCCUGCUCCACUGGCCCAAAUCAGUACCCCGAUGUUCUUGCCUUCUGCUCAAGUUUCAUACCCUGGAAGGUCUUCACAUGCUCCAGCCACCUGCAAGCUGUGUCUCAUGUGCCAGAAACUUGUCCAGCCUAGUGAGCUGCAUCCAAUGGCCUGUACCCACGUGCUGCACAAGGAGUGUAUCAAAUUCUGGGCCCAGACCAACACAAAUGACACUUGUCCCUUUUGUCCAACUCUUAAAUGACGGACCUGACUGGGGAGGAAGAAGAGGAGAAACUGAUGUGAACAGGAAGCGCGGGUUCAAGAUUUCUAAAACUCUAUAUUUAUACAGUGACAUAUACUCAUGCCAUGUACAUUUUUAUUAUAUAGGUGAUGUGUGUAUAGAAAGUCUGUAUUCCGAUGUUCGUAAAUGAGAGUAUGUAUAUUAUGCAGAAAUGUCUGGUCCCCCUCCUCUGGCAGUUCCCUUGGGGGAUGCAGAUUGCAGGGAAGAUGAUGUUGAAUUUGGCCUUGAAGUUUUGCUAUCCCUGCCUAGGGCUAUUUUCAGAUACGAUAUAAAAACCAUCUAGGAAGCCGCUGUCGCUCUACGGCCAUCCCGCUUUGGUGUGGCUCAGCCUGUAGUCCAUUUCCUUACGGCUCAUGUAUGCAGAUUUGAAGCCUGGUGCUCACCCGCUGUCGAACCAGAUGCCUUGCUUACCGAAAGCCUCCGAAGCCUCCGUACUGUUUAGCCACUCUACCCCAAACAGAUAAAAUGAGACUCUGAUUGAGGAAAAAAGUGUAAACCUAAUAGCUCGACUUUUCAUUGAAUAUUUUACUGUGUUAACGCUCAUUAUUUAUACAUAGACAUUAGGUUUACAGAAUGUUAUUUUACAUCAGUGAAAUUCACAGUCCAAGAAUAACGACAUAACCAGGUCCCAUUUCCCCCACAGCUUCUGUCCACUCUACUUUCUGGGUGGAAAUUAGCACAACGCAUAGGUUUUCCUGGGCCAAGCCAUCCCUUGCUGCCACUGGCUUGGCUUCUUAUCAGGCUAUAGCAGGCCAACCUUGUGGAGUUCUCACCCCUUCCCGCUCACUCCCAUCUCAUCUAGCUAACCCCCCUCCCCCCUGAAGGUUAAGGCAGUUGGUUCACAACCAAGUUGUUUGGUGACCUUGGGUGAGCUCCAGACAGGCACUCGGGUGAGGAGAUGUCUGUGCAACUUACUUGCAGAAUGGAAUGCUGGGUUUUAAGUUCUGAAGCAAGGAGGCUAUGGGGGAUAUGAUUCCUGUCCUGGGAAAAAUGGAGACCACAGUGAUGUGAAGAAAGGAGACUGAGUUCCAAGUUUAUGAAUCAUCUGUUCUGUGGAGAGCUCUCUGGAACUAGCUCAUUUUCCACCUCUGCUUACUGAGCACUUCUGGGUUUUAGGUUUUAUACCGGGGAAUGCUAAGACUCUCUUAGAGCUUUUAAUCUUUUCCUAUCCUUUUAUCUUUACUCCUAAAGGAAAUGGCUUCAGCUCCCUUCUCUUUUGGAAUUAAACAAGUAAAGGCUAUGUGUUAAUUAGAAGUAAAAAUGGACUCCAGGGGAAGUCACCAUGUAUUACCAACAACUGCAUCUUUUCCGUUUGGAGACCUGGAAAUGCUUACUGCUACUCGCAAAAAUACCAGGAUGGCAAAGACUUGUCCUUUCAGACCCAACUAAAUUCUCUCCUCUUUGUUUUUAUUAGUGUUUCUUUCUUUGUCUUUCAUUUUUGCCUCUCAGCUCAUGGACAGAUUCUUUUUUCUCUUGCCUUACUCGCCCAGGCUUACUGACUAGCGUCUGUUUAGGGAGCUGGACCUCCUGGGGCCACCUUGGCAUCUUACAGGUGAAUGGAAUGGCCUGAGUACUGUUCUUUAGAGGUCAGAUGACCCGCUUCCUCUGGUUAAUGAAGUUUUACUGUCUCCAGUUUGGUUUCUGUUGUGAACAGGAAAAGUGGCAAAAUGGAUGAUUGAUUCCUACAUUUUCAUUUGGGGGAGUCAUAUCUUAUAACCCUAAGUUGCCUCACUUCAACUUGGCAGCAGCUGGCCACUUGCAGUGUUCUUUUUAAGCACCCCCUGAAAAUUGAGAACUUGGAAAUGGAUAUAAAGAAAAUUGUGUCUUUUCCAACCAUCUCUGAAGCCAAAGGAGUAGAGGGGGAGAAAAGGAAGGAUGAGGAGGGGGCUUAACUGCUUUCCAGUAAAAGCCCCUGGAAAGCCGACUCUAGCGGGAGGAUACGUGUUUUGGAGAGUUGUGCAUGGGAGCGGGGGCCUUGUCAUUCUU